GGAUGCCGUUGCUUUGAGUUCUGGCCCCGCUGAAAUCUCUCCCCUCUCUGUUUCUGUGGAACGCAGGCAGUUCUGUUUCCCUCCUCCUCCUCCUUCUUCUUCUUCUUCUUCUUCUUCUUCUUCUUCUUGAUCUCUCUCAUAACAAAAGAGGUUUUGCACAAAAUAUAGCGUUGAAGUUAAAGAAGACAGAGAAAGAAAUUAACAGAGCUGAGCAUGAAAAGUUUAAUAAUGUUUUAAAAGCUUGUCAGUUCUGGACCCUUUAUUUAUUGCUAGUCCACCAAUCGGAGUCUUUCUAUUGUUACUUACAUGCAUGGUUGAGAAGGAAGCUGCCUCUUCUGUUUCUCUCAACUUCAAAGUUUAACCUCACCUCACGUUUACUUUGUGUAACACAUCAUGGCCUCUGACAUGGCCUCCGAGCCCGCACGAACAGGUCGACUUCGGCAACGUUAUGAAGGCAAUUAUCGACUAGUUUCUGGGUGUAUUCCUUACAGGGUGUCAAAAGAAGAAAAUGAGCACAGUGGUGAGAAGGAAGAUGGUAUAGAAGUUCUCAUGGUUUCAUCUCCAAAUCGUGAUGACCUAGUUUUUCCAAAGGGUGGAUGGGAGGAUGAUGAGACAAAAGAAGAAGCUGCUUGCCGUGAGGCCUUCGAGGAAGCAGGAGUUAAAGGGAAACUUAAAGAAAAACCCCUGGGAGAGUGGGUGUUCAGAAGCAAAAGCAAACAGGACAUUUGCAGCCUGGAAGGAGGCUGCAAAGGAUACAUGUUUGCAUUAGAGGUCACUGAGGAGCAUGACACAUGGCCAGAGAGGGAAAAUCGUGAUAGAAAAUGGCUAAAAAUUAAAGAGGCAUUUAGACUCUGCCGGUAUGAAUGGAUGCGUGAGGCAUUGGAGGAGUUUCUUAGAGUUAUGGCAGAGGACCAGAAAAUCCAGAUGUCAGAAGAGAUAGGGGAAACUCCUUCCGCACCAGUGUCAAAUGUCAUGGCAGACUGUCAAAUUAUUUCAUCAAGCUGCUAUGUAAAUUCCUCUAGUAGCCAACACCAUGUAGGUUGCUACAAUGAAUCAAUAGCGUCCAGCAACUUCUUCAAAUUGGAGAUAGGUCAAACUGCGAAAUGAUAGACUUGUUUUCUCACUCCUUUCUAGAAUGUUUAAAUGUAACCAUCUACAUUUCAUCUUAAUUGACUGUUGAAGUUUUAAAUUUUUGUUCUUAGAAACAAAAUUGUGUAAUCUAUGAUGGUUGAUGUUUCAAAUCUUCCUCUUCUCGAAGAUUUGUACAACAUCACAAUAUUCCUGAUCAAGCUAAGAAAGCUGACUUACAUCCUUAAAGACUAGUUUGUAAUGAUCAUCAACAAGUUAGCUAUCCAUCAAGAAGCCUUAUGUGAGCAACGUACCUAAAAAUUUGGUCAUCUAUUAGUGUAUUUUUGGUAAGGCUCCCUUUUUUACUCUGAAUAAAAGGCCCAAAGGUAUGUGACAUUACUUGUUCCAA